AUGGGCUGCGUAAAAACGCGCACAGCCCCUUACUAUCCCGUGGAUAACGGUCAAACUGAAAAGGCUAACAGAUCUCUCCUACGCGCCUUCAUUUCCACAGUCAACAAUGAUAUCUCGGACCAGCUCAUCCCACAUUGCCUACUCGCCUACAGAUGUACAGUCUACCGGAUUCUCCCCUGCUCUCUUGACGUUCGGUCGCGAACUCCAAACCCUCUUCGAUUUACAGUUCCUACCCUAACGCCCGACACCACAUGUUCCCAGCGAAUUCUGAAACACCAAAAACGAUUCUACGAUCGCACGGCUCACGGAGCUCCCUAUCAACCAGAGAAUGAAGUCCGACUUCACCAACUCUACCCAAACCGCGGUAGCUACACGAAACUGGACAAACCCUACUCAGGUCCCUUCGUGGUCGUCCAAUCACUCCCUAACAAUGCCUAUCGCUUUCGGCCCGUCUCCGACCCAUUCGCCGAUUCUCUUACAGUACACUUUAAUCGCCUCAAAUCCGGACUUGAGAAAACUCACAACACUGGUACAGAGGACCUAAUACCGGAGGCAGACAUUCCAGUCCACCACACAGUCGAAAUUCCACACAGAAAUCCUUCACCUCAAUUUCACUAA